UUUGGGACGGAGCCGGCUGUAUGGCGGUGAAAGGGAUAAUUAAUUGCAGCUGGCGCCGUGCCGCAGCUUGCACUCUCUCCACCUGAGACGUGAAACGGUUUACCUCAUCCUAUGGCGCUUUAUCAAAGAGUGUCGCGUUCAGUUGUACUUAUUGAGCAAUAACAAAAACAAUAAUCUCUGAGUAAAGGUCGGUGUGUGUCCUCCUUCUCCUUCAGCACAGUGGGCGGAGGAGAGGAGAGGAGAGGAGAGGCAUGUGUUUAAAAGGUGUAAAAGCCAAAGUUAGGAGCGUCGCCUGAGCUGGUGAGGCUGUCCCUGAGAAUGACUCUCCCACCCUGACUAAACAAGCUGGAAUUAUUAAUUAACACAGACUCAUUUCACACAAGGACUUGGACAAGGAUGUCUCAUAGAGAAGUCGUAAAUUAUCAAGAAAAAAUGUCUCUUUACGUAGAAGGUGUGAGCAAGUCAGUGCCGCCGGACAGGUCCAUGGCUCAGUUUCAGGAAGUGAUGCGUCAGCAGCUGGAGAGCUCCAUGCACACUGAGCUGGAGAAGCUGUUGAGCACGGCUAAAGGAGCCGACACUGAGAUCUGUAAGAAGGACUUUGAGGGCUUUAAGAAGCUCUUCCACAGGUUCCUGCAGGUGAAAGGACCUUCAGUGGAAUGGCCCAAAAUCAACAGGCCUCCAGAGGACUCGAUCCAGCCGUAUGAGAAAAUCAAGGAGAAGGGUUUACCUGAGAACGUAGCUGACAGCCUGAACAAGCUGGUGGUGGUGAAGCUGAAUGGAGGUCUGGGCACCAGCAUGGGCUGCAAAGGGCCAAAAAGUCUCAUCAGCGUCCGAAACGAGAACACGUUCCUGGACCUGACUGUGCAGCAAAUUGAGCAUUUGAAUAAGACGUACAACACGGACGUCCCACUGGUUCUGAUGAACUCGUUCAACACUGACGAGGACACCAGGAAGAUCCUGCAGAAAUAUACACACCACCGGGUCAAGAUACACACCUUCAACCAGAGCAGGUAUCCCAGGAUCAAUAAGGAGUCUCUGCUGCCCGUGGCGAAGGACGUGGGCAUGGUUGGAGAGAGUGCUGAGGGAUGGUACCCGCCCGGACACGGAGACAUCUACGCCAGCUUCUAUAACUCGGGCCUGCUGGAGCAGCUCAUCGCCGAGGGGAAAGAGUACAUCUUCGUGUCCAACAUCGAUAACCUGGGUGCGACCGUGGACCUGCACAUCCUCAACCACCUGGUGAGCCAACCCAACGGCAAACGCUGUGAGUUCAUCAUGGAGGUCACGGACAAGACCAGAGCCGACGUCAAGGGAGGAACUCUGAUUCAGUACGAGGGGAAACUGAGGUUACUCGAGAUCGCACAGGUUCCCAAAGCCCACGUCGACGAGUUCAAAUCCGUCUCCAAGUUCAAGAUCUUCAACACCAACAACCUGUGGAUCUCGCUGGCCGCCAUCAAGAGACUGCAGCAGCAGAACGCCAUGGACAUGGAAAUCAUUGUGAAUCCAAAGACUCUGAAUGGUGGCCUGAACGUGAUCCAGCUGGAGACGGCUGUAGGUGCCGCCAUCAAGUGCUUCGAAAAUGCUCUGGGCAUCAAUGUUCCUCGUAGCCGCUUCUUGCCAGUCAAAACCACCUCCGAUCUCUUAUUGGUCAUGUCCAACCUGUACAGCCUGGAGGCGGGAUCUCUCACCAUGAGUGAGAAGAGAGAGUUCCCCACAACACCGCACGUCAAACUGGGCAGCUCCUUCACCAAGGUUCAGGAAUAUCUGACACGCUUCGAGAGUAGUCCUGACAUGCUGGAGCUGGAUCAUCUGACCGUGUCCGGAGAUGUGACGUUUGGGAAAAACGUUUCUCUGAAGGGAACAGUGAUCAUCAUAGCCAAUCAUGGGGACAGGAUCGAUAUCCCAGCCGGCUCCAUGCUGGAGAAUAAAAUAGUCUCCGGAAACCUGCGCAUCCUGGACCACUGACGGCUCCAGUCACGUGAUCACAUGACCUCACCUCACCUGCCUGUCCCAUCUCAUGACAGAGAGCCAGUGCCUCGAACACGUCCUCUCAUAGACUUAUUUUUGUAUUACUCUGUCUCUUUUAAAGUCUAUUUUAUUGUUUCCUACAUUCCAACAUUUUCUUGUGUCAGUAUCAGAACAAUGUCAUAUUACUGUACAGUAUAAAAAAAGUCACAAACUCAUCAUCCACUGCUUUUGUUUUUCUACUCAGAGAGAUCAGUAUUUUCUCUUUGUGCACUUCCCAUGGUGACAUUGCAGACUGUGCCCGAAUCCCACUCAUGUAAAAAAAAAAAUGUGAAGGAGAAAAGCAAUAAGCUUUUGAUCACGGUGAAAGGUUCCAGGAGCUACCGGGUUCUGGAACAAAAUAAAGUGCAAUAUGGAACAAAA